AUGGCUCAAAUAACCGCCGUGAUCUUCCUCUUAGCCACACUGAUGAUGGCAGCCACGACUGUUUCAGGUCAGGGACCACAUAUUCCCUUGGCUCCUAGUCCUGCAAUCAACGAGGUAAUGAACUGUACUGCGGGUUUAGCUGUUUGUGCUCCAGCAAUUAUUCAGGGAGGAACUCCGCCGCCGGAAUGCUGCACUGCCAUAGAGACUGCAGUGAACACGCAGCUAUCUUGUCUUUGCAAAUUUAUCAAAAGCCCUAUGUUGUUUGUCCCUUUCAAUGUCACCACCUUCAACGCUCUUUUCUCCCAAACUUGUGGACUCACCGCCGAUCCAAACUUGUGUUCCAAAACUACUGCUCAAGCUCCUUUGCCACAGACGAAAGCACCAAGUCCAGUACCAACCGAAUCUGAUAAGGAUGCUGCAAGCAAACUCGCGGGAAAAGGCUUGGUCGGUAUCGUCUUGAUCACGAUCUGUGCGAUGUUUUAUUAAAAUCUUAAUUUCUUUGGACUUGAUAGUCUUGAUCACGAUCGUAACCA